UUUCUUCUCCAUUGAUGGAGGGAAGUUCAUAAAUUUCCUCCAAAGUUCAAAAAGCUACACCACCUUCUACUUCUGGCGCCAUUUGCAGUUACCCUUCUCUCUUUCAAACUUCUCUUCCAUUUAUAGAAAACAAAAGCUCACACUUCUCUGAGUUUCAUUUUCAAAUUCUUUCGUUAUGGAAGAAAAAGAAAGCACUAUGUCUGGAUCAACAGGUGGUAACUCGUACACCGACUCACCACCACCGGUGAGUAGCAACGUGUUGUUGCCGCAACCGCCACCACCGGCGUCUCAAGUAGUUGUGAGUAAUUUGGAAAGGAACAUUGAUCUUAGCAGAGGUGCAGUUGCAGUUACAUCAGCCCUAGAAAAUAAUAAUAAUAGUGGUGGUAGUGGGGAUCUGUUUGGAAAGAAAAAAAGAGGAAGGCCGAGAAAAUAUGAUUCUGAAGGAAACCUGAGGUUGCAGCAUUUUUCUUAUCCACUUGUAUCAUCACCUCCUGGUUUUACUUUAACUCCUUCAGAUUAUUCUUCUUCAAAAAGGGGUCGAGGUAGGCCUCCGGGUUCUGGUAACUGGCAGCUUCUUGCUUCUUUAGGUGAGUUGUUCGCGAACACAGCAGGAGGGGACUUCACACCUCAUGUUGUCACAGUCAAUACGGGGGAGGAUGUUGCAGGGAAGAUUCUUUCGUUUUCGCAGAAGGGUCCUCGAGGAAUUUGUAUUCUCUCAGCUAAUGGAGCUGUUUCUAAUGUCACCAUUCGGCAGCCUGGUUCCUCUGGUGGUAUCUUGACAUUUGAGGGUCGCUUCGAGAUACUGUCAUUAACUGGUUCAUUCACAGUCAGUGAUACAAGUGGUGUGAGAAGUAGGACUGGUGGAUUGAGUGUCUCGUUGGCUGGACCCGAUGGGCGUGUUAUAGGUGGUGGACUUGCUGGUUUAUUACUGGCUGCUAGCCCUAUCCAGAUUGUGGUGGGGAGUUUCAUGCCAAAUGGUUACAAGGUACAUAAAAGGAAGCAUCAUCGAGAACAUGGGAUUCCUUCUAUGUCCCCAGGUGCUCCUGAUAGAGUGACAGCAGCAAGACCAAUUUCACAGGCAAAACCUGAUGGCGGGGAGAUCUGUUUGACCACAAUAACUCCAAUAAUGGGGCAAAACCACCCAGAAAUGAAUAACAUUGCAAACAAUGAACAAUUGCCAAAUGUCUCAUCAUCCCCUAGUCCAGUUUGGAAUGGCUCACAGACCACAUCUAACCAGGGGCCAUCUCCUGAUAUCAAUGUGUCUUUGCUCGGUGAAUAGGAUGUACAAGGUAUAUUGUAUUUGACGUUCAUUUUCAGGUGUAUCUGAAGACUUGGGAGGCUGACGUGAUAACUGGAUGAACUAAUCUUCUUUGCAUUUGUGUUGUAACAAGUAGAUUUAUUCACAUAAAGUUGCCUGAUUGCAGCACUGAAAUUUAGAAAUUAGAAACAAAUGCAGCCGUCCUAAUGCAGCAAUGUUGUAGAAGCAUUUCUGUUUUACAGAAUUACUGAUUGGCAACUGAACUAUUAAGACAAUUUUAUUAAUUCACUGGAAUAUUAUGUUUUGUUCUCAUUUCUUUUGUAA